GGAAAAUACAAAGAAAAUGGAAACAGAGGCCGCCCGGUUUAAUUCAGGGGCAAAGACCAGUUCCAACUUCCCAACCUCCCAGUAGUUGGACACAAUUUCCCCCUUGCUUUCUCAAAAAGAUCAAUAAAUUAAAGUAAAAAGCUUGUUAGUUUCUUACUUUCUUCGGUGGGGACAUGGCGGUCCAGUGGCUGUUGGUGUGCCACGGCCUGGCGACGCUGCUGGUGGUCGUCUCCUUCCUCUGCGGCCAGUGGCCAAUCUUUCAGGGAACUUUCAUCGAACGCAUUCACUACUUCAUCACCUUCGGCGCCUACGAUUAUUUUCUGCGCUUUGUAGGGGUUGUGUUUGGCUCCAAGGGCACCAAUGUGAUCCUUUCAGUCGAAAAUUUCUGCUGCGAUCGUCCAAACCCUAUUUUGCAGGUUGUAUAUCUGGCAAUAAUUGGGGCAACAUAUUAUUUCAUCGUGCAGUCAACCUUUAGCUAUAUUCCUGGGUACUAUAUAAGUGGAGUUCACAGGUACACUAGCUUGUUGGCAGUUGGUGUAGGUGUUGUGCUCUUUCUAUUGACUAGCUUUUCUGAUCCAGGAACUGUGAAGGCUGAGAAUGUCUCUAAAUAUCUCUCCGCUUAUCCUUAUGACAAUAUCAUAUAUUCUGAGAAAGAAUGUUCAACCUGCAGGAUUCCAAAACCUGCUAGGUCCAAGCACUGCAGCAUAUGUGAUCGUUGUGUUGCUCGAUUUGACCAUCAUUGUGGAUGGAUGAAUAAUUGCAUUGGGGAAAGAAAUACCCGUUUUUUCAUGGCCUUUCUUCUCUGGCAUUUCCUUCUUUGUAUAUAUGGCACAGUAGCUAUUGGGUUGGUUCUUGCUGGUCGAUUGAAAGAAUUAAAAGUCAUACAUAUCCUAACAGUUUAUUAUGGUAUUGAAAAUUCAUUUGCUAGUUUAGCUCCACAUGUUGUACAGUGGCUGUUGGGCUCCUACAACACUCAACUACUGCUUAUGGUGUUUCUUGCCAUAGUUUCCCUGCUAUUGGCAGGUUUCUUUAGUUACCAUGCGAACCUCUGUUUUACAAACACCACAACAAAUGAGACAUUCAAGUGGGAAGAUUACAUAAGGUGGCAGCAGAAGCUAAAUGAAGCUAAGGCGAGCACUGCAGCCCUUAAAGCAGGUAUCAGUGGACUGAACUGUGAGAGAAAGCCUCCAGAGAGCAAAUGGAAGGCUUUUUUCCGAAGAUCCCGUUUGGAAGAUGUGGAACCUGUCAGUAAGAAUAACAUUUAUGACAAAGGAUUUCUUCGCAAUCUUCAUGAGAUUAUCUUUCCCCUCUCAUCCAGACAUUCCUUUUCACAAGCCAAAUCAAAGUCUGGCUAAGAAUCUUGACAAACUUGAUAGCCUGUUCAUCUUCAUUUAUGGUUAUUACAUGGUUUGCAAGAGAGCCUGAAGGCGGGGGAUGUGUAAAAUCAGGUAAGCAAGUAACUUUUUAGUUACCAUUGUUGUAAUUGUUUGGAUACAUUAAUGCUCUGCAGUGAGAAGUAGAUGACUGAAAAGACAUUAUGUAAGAACUCAUCUCAAUUUGUAAGAAUAGAAUCAAAGUUUUUUCAUAAAAAUGAAACAGGCUACAAUUAUUUCUCUUCUU